AUGGUCCAUAACAGCGUGUCGUGAAAGGAGUGCCGUUCAAUGCGUUACAUUUUCGCCGCGCAACUUUCUUUUUUUCCUUUUGUUAAAUAAAUAAAUACUUUUUUUAAAAAAAAAAGUAUUUUAAUUUAAUAUAUUAUUUAAUUAUUAAUAUUAUGCAUUAAGAAAAAUUAGAAAUUUAUUGUUGACAAUUUAUAUUUUUAUCAGAUACUGAUAAAAACAUUAUAAAGAAACUUAUAACCACGUGAAUGAAAAUGAAAAAUGGACCACACAAUACAAUAUCACACAAUUUGAGUAGAUACUCUUUGUGAAAAUAUUUUAUUUUUAUUAUUUCACAGUGAUAAUUAUAUAUCGCAUGGUGAAUUUUUGAAAUAGCUGUUAAGAAAUAACAUGUGAUUUUUAGAAUUGGGAUAUCUUUAGAAAUAAUGAAUUCGUUUCUGUUGCAAUAAAGGAGAAAACGCAUCAUUGCUUAGAUCAACCGAGAUCUAAGAACCAAGUAGUUUUCCUAACGCUAUAACAUCAAUGAGAGCCUGGGGGAAAGUGAGUAUAAAGGAAAUUGUGAAAGAGGAAAAUCCAACGAGAAAAGGACACCGAAACGGAACGAAGAGCUUCCUUGGGAUUUUCCAGGUAAUUUUAUACUUGCUCUAAGAUAACGAACAGCAGAAAAUGAACGAGUGAAAUUAUGAAAAAUGAGGACACGUGUCUUUAUUUCCUUCAAAUGAGAACAACUUUUUCAGCUAAAAAAAACUUUCCCUGAAAUUUGUUUGAAAAAUUUGAGAAACAAAAAACAUUAUCCAUAGAUGAAUGAAAAAAGACGAUUGACUUCAAUGAUGACGACGUCAUAUGAAGAUGAAGUGAUAAAAAUUUUUAUUUAAUUCCUCGCGUUAUUUAUAGGAAGUGAAAAAUGGUCUUUAAAAGAGUGAGAUGAAUGGUGUAAGGUGAUCUAAUAAAAAAAAGGUGUUGUGAAAAAUGCAGGUGAAUACCACGGAAACCUUCCAAUCUACAGGAAGUAUGAGUUUUCCAACAACACCCUCAACAAUUACACCAACUGUGGUAGGAGCGACGAUUAGCAGUAGCGCGACAAUUCCAACUAAUCCGUCCUCGGCCUUAACCCACGUCGCUGUUGCUGUGGUUACCUCCUCCACUACCACCACCACAGAAACGAGCCAGCACAUUCACAAUGCCACUGCGCACCUUGCAGAAAACGACGAGCUUGAAUAUAGUAUUCUUGCAGCAUUUUCGGACAUGGAAACCGUCCUCUUGGCUUGCAUUUCCACCUUACUACCUCUGAUAUUCGCCUUGGGAAUUGCAUUUGGUGUUAGGCAUGUAUGGAGGAAGUAUAGAGAAAGAAGAGAUUCAUCAAGUGGGUUACCGUGGUACAGGAGCGUGUGUCCCAAAGAUGAAACUUCGGCAUCUCUUCAUCAUCGUCCACACUCAGGGAUCGGUACUACUCAACCUGGAACACAAAUUCUAUCUGCAGAAGAUUUGGUGAAUGGUUUGGAUGGACCAAGGUAUAUUUGCGAAACGGAAGUUAUAGAGGCUCUCACAGGAAGCAACGUGGAAUACGUCUCUCCUGGGAAUCACACGAGCAAGAACGCUAACGGGAACAUUAUCACACUGACGCUCAAAAAUAACCACCUCAUCGUUGAGACCGAAGAACGUGCAGUAACGAUGGAAGACAACAAGAGUAGAAAAUACCAGGACAAUAGCUGUUCUUUUGUGGUGGAAGUUCAACCUGGCUACCAGAGCGAUGAAGCUGAUGUCAAUAGAGGAUCAUCUGACGACAUGCCCGGAAGGGUAACCGAUCAGCAAGCAUUGGUGCACCGUGAGGAAAUUCCCGAAGAUCGCUCCUGCGGUUUCGAAAAUACGAAGCUCUUUGGGAGUACUAAUACCGGCCUUUCACAGUCUGAUCUGUCUAUUUGCAGUCAAGGUUCAGUUAAUCCGAGUUAUCGAUACGGAAAUCAAUUGGAGUACGAUGCCGGUCACUUUGGCUAUGCUAUUUACGAUUCUGAUUCCCAAUCAAGGAAGCUGGAGGGUUCUUCGAAAUGGGUUGAAUUCGAUAAGUCACCAGACAUUGAUAAAACAUUAAUAACAGAUUACAAAGCACCAAGUAUAGAGAAGGACACGAGUGACAAUCUUUCAUUUCAAGAGAACUUGAAUAGCUUGGAGUCUCCUCAAGAGUCAGGUUCGUCAUUUGAACAUCAGGAUUCGAGCGAUAUGAGCCUAUCGACUGACACAGUUAGAUCAAAUCCUAAUCUUCAAGUGAAUGGAACAACGCCAAACAAACUUGAGCUUAUGGAACAAAAAGCUCUUAAUAAUGACUUUGGCCAAAUAGAAAUAAUAACAAAACCAAUUAUUACCGGUGCAAUUCUUAAAGAAGAUGUUGCACAAGAAGACACUUUUCAGGAGCAGCAAAGGAAGCUUGGCAACGGGACACUGACCCCUGAGCAUCACAAGGCCGAAAAGGUGAAAGAUCAAAAGGCAGAGAGCAGUACUUUCGUUCCCUGCCACAAACGAACCGGAAGCAUUCCACCGAGAUUGAUCGAAGAGACCUUGGAAUUGGAGCGGAAGAAACUAGACAUUUAUAGUCAGAUCAAGACCAGUACGAAGAGUAUACUACCGGCGCUAAGUCCCAAGUUCGAACUCCUUCAGAACGAGGUCAGUCCGAUCGAGGAAAAGGAAAGUUAAUCCGUCCUGAAAGAUUGCAACCAGGGACUCUCACAUUUUCAACUUGUAUAUGCAUUCCAAAAGUGAUGGAUCUUUAUAUAUUCAUAAAAACAACUCUUCAGUAAACUGCAUUCGAAAACAAAUUGUGUUAAUCACAAAUUUUUUCCCAUUUGGUAAAAUUUAUUCCUAUGAUGAAUAAGAUUAAUUUUUAAAUAUUUUCAUUAACUUUCUUUUAUGUACCUUAGUCAAAUCGUUAUUCAUCAAAAAUUGAAAAUUUUUUUCAUUUCAAUAAAUAUUUUGAAAAAAAAUGAAAUUUUUUGCAUUCACUAAACAAACUUUCAGAAAAGUUGGCACUUUGAUUUUUUCGUAGUAAAUCUUCGUAUUUCUUCUGAGAGUUCAAUUUCUCUUUCCUCUCGUAUUUCUCUCGAUGGUAAAAUGAGGAUAAUUUCCAAAGUCCGACAAUCAAGAAAAUUAACCGAUUGCCAAGGGUAAUUUUCAGAGAGAUCAGAUUCAAGAGAAUAAAAAAAGUUUCGAGAAUUAACUACCAGAAAAGGAACAGGUGAAUAAUUAAAUUGGUCAAAUGGAGGAAAUGUAUAUUCUAGUAAAACGAAGCCUGAUAGUAGCCGACAAUGUGAUCUAAUGAACCUGCAACCCACACUUAAAAUUUUUUUUUUUUCAUUUUGUGUAUUUCAUCUAUUCUCUCCUUUUCUACUGCACUUUCCUUUUGUUUCUCUGGCACACUGUCUUUUUCCAUUUCUCUGAAACUCACCAUCGCACUAAAUUUAGCAACCAAGACAUUCAAAGUACACAAAACAAUUGCUAGCUAACGAACUUGCAUUGCAGUGCAUAUGCAUAGAAUGACAUUAUAUAUAUACUCCACCUACAGCAGUAAGUGGAUUCAUUGUUUUGUCAACUAAAUUGCACUGUAUAAUAAUGUAAUUUUCCAUUUGCGUGCCGACUAAAAUAUUCUAUGCAAUUACUACCAAUGCUCGUUAAUUAUAACUAUUUUAUCAUUAUAAUAAUAUUGAUUUCCGAAUAUACACGACUUCAUUAUAUCAUAAAAGCGAUGUUUUUCAUACAUUUUUUUCAUAAUUUUAUCAAUUUGAAUAAGAUUAUUUUUUUUAAUAAUAAAAAUUAAAAACUUAGGAAAAUUUUGUAAUUUCCUUUCUUUUGUUACUUAUUGUGAGACGCGAGACGAAAUCGGGAAUCAGAAGUGAUGUGAGCUUCAGUAUAUACACAUUGGGGGGUGGAAACGCUUGCAAAGUUAUAAUGGAACUACCGCCGAAACCGGAAAUGGAUACUAGGUAUCCAAUUCAGCAAAAGUAAAUCCUUCUCGUUCCCACUGUAAUUCCGAAUUGGAAAACUUGCAAGAGGCGAACGAGAGACUAAACUCGCUUUUAUACGCAUGGACAGUCAACUGAUCUAGUAGAAAUUAUUAGAAAUCGAACUUUGACAUUUCUUUACCAAAAAAAAAAAAAAAAUUUCAAAAAAAUUUUACAUCAAUCAGUAAAAAAAACCACACGUUUUUUAUAUGAUUUAAAAGAAAAAUUAAAAAAAAACUUGUGGACUUUCUAGAAAGUAAAUGACAAAUUAAAGAAAAGAGUAGAGCAAAAAAAAUUUCCAUGGAGAAGGAGGGGGACAAAAACAUCUGUCACGACAAAGUCGUGUACAUUUUAGAUAAGAAUUGAUAAGACAUUUUUUGUAUAAUGGUAGUGAGCCGAAGACGAUUUCAAGUAUAUAUUAUGUAUAGCUAGAGGCUAUAAAAAAAGCGUACCAACUUUAAUAACAAUUUUUUAUGACACUGAUGUGAAAGGAACUCGAAUAUAAUAGAAAAAUAAGAAUUACGAAUCUUUAGGUAAUAAGUAACUAAUUAUAAUAGGCAUUAAGAAAAAUACUUGUACUUUAAGUCAUACAAGUGGCACUCAAGUGCUAAAUAAAUAAAUGAUGUUUUUAAAUUCUUAGCUUUUCAAUAGUAAUUUUUUAUUUCACUUUAUGUUUCGUUUAAUAAAAUAUUAUUCAUAAUGGUAUCCUAGAUAGCACGUAAGCUUGCAGUAACCUUGCGGCAAGCUUACGGCGCAAUAUUGUCAACUUUGCACGGCAAACUUCAAAUGUCCCACCUGAAACAAGCUUGCAUGGUAAGCUUACCGAAAGAUUGCACUGUAUGGUUACUGCAAGAUUGCUCAGAAAGCCUACCGCAAGAUUGCUCAGUAAGCUUAUAGCAAGGUUGGUACAAGGGUACCAAAUAACCUUCCAUUGAACCCACAACAAUUUUUUUUUAAUGUUUCGUCUAAUUUAUAUAAUAAAAUUUAUAUAAUAAAUAAUUUUAUUUAAAAUUAUAUAAAUUAGACGAAACAUUAAAAAAAUAAUGGUUUUAGGUUCAAAGCAAGGUUAUUUGGCAACCUUGCACCAACCUUGCUAUAAGCUUACUGUGCAAUCUUGCGAUAAUCUUAUUGUGCAAUCUUGCAGUUACCAUACACUGCAAUCUUUCGGUAAGCUUACCAUGCAAGCUUGGUUCAGAUGGGACAUUUGAAGCUUGCGACAAGUUUGCCGUGCAAGGUUGGCAAUAUUGCGCGGCAAGCUUGCCGCAAGGUUUCCUGCAAGUUUACGUGCUAUCUAAGUACAUUUGACUAUCUUUUGUAUGUAUUGUAUAGAAUAUAUAUCUGUUUUCUCGAAAAGCUGAAAAUAAAAACAUCAUUGGAUGAUGUGAAUUCUAAUAGUGCCAAAAUAGUUCCUUAAGUCGCUCAUUUCAUAAUAAUACAUUAUAUAAUGCGAUGGAUGUUCAUGAACUAAUAUUCUAUCUACGUUUCUUGUUUAAAUAAUUCGUUACCAAUAUUUCAAAUUUUAUUAUGUUAUAUGUCGUAUAAUACUGAUGUUAUAUAUUGUUAUACAAAAAAAAAUGCUGUAGAGCUAAUUGUCAGUAGAAUAAUUUUUUCCAUCCUGUUGCACUAAUGCAGUUAUCACUGUGCACACAUUUCACGUCCUUUUACAUUACAAAAAUAUACUUAUAAUUAAGAUGAAUAAUAAUUUCAAAACUAAGGCAGAAUUUUAAUUUUUGUGCAUUAAAUGUUUAUAUCAAUACAGUAGUAAUAUCGCGGUAAUUUAGAGAUUAUAUCUAAUGGUUGACUUUAAUAAUAUAAUAGUUAAGAAUAUAUAUUUUCUGUAGAAAAAAAAAUUAAAUUACUUAUUUAAUAUAAUAAGUUUUAUUAAAGAAAUUUAAUAUAAUAAUUUCUUUAUAUGUACUUAAAAAUUUGAUAUUUCAUUUUUUUUUAAAUGCUGGUCCGAAUUUAAAAUAAAAAUUUUAUUUCAUAUUCCAAUUUAGUUUUAUAUAUGAAGAGUAUAAAAAAAUUUAUUUUGUAAAUAUUAUGAAAAAAAUGAUUUAAAAAAAUAAUUCAAACUUUGAAUACGGGCCUGUUUUAAUCAACGAAUAAAAAUUUUGUUGCGUCCAUUAAAAAAAAAAUUUUAUAUAAAAGAAAAAUAAUGGGUAAUUAUCUCAUUUAUCAUGUUAUUAUUAUUUAAUAUUAAGUAAGUUUAAAGUAAGCUUGACUGGAAUAGCAUCUAUACUAAGGUUCCUGAAUGUCUCAUUUACUUUGAUUUUACACAAAACAAAUCAAUCUUUUGCUAUAGAACCCAUUAGAAAAUAAUUUCUUUCAAAAUUAUCUUUAAAACAUAAUUGCCUAAUAUAAAAUUUUCCAACUUUUACUUUUUUAUAUUUUUGAUUUCGAAAAUUUUGCAUGAAAGCUCUUUUCAUUAAUGUAUAAUAUGUGAAUGAAAGUUUUACAAAAGAGAAAUGUUAUUUGUUUCAUGUGAAGAAAAUUUUUGUGCAAAAUAAUUUUUCAUACUUAACAAAAAAUAAUUGAAUAGUAUAGCUAUAGCUAGAGAGAUCGAAUGUAACAGUAAAUAUAUUAUGAAAAUUAUUGUAGAUUGAACAUUUUCUAAGUUUCUACAGUAAUAUGAUUUAAAUUUAUUUAUUUAUUUAAUAAUUAGUAGAAAUAAUUUAAAAAAAAAAAUAAAGCCUUGAACCUCAGUUAAUUUCUAAACGAGGCUAUAGACGCUCAGUUGGUUAACCGUUUCAUUCCAAUCAAUUAAAUAUAAAUCUAGACGUAGAGAGAAGCACUCGUCUUUUAACAAAGUAUAAUUGGAGGGCGUGUAACUUUGUAAUUCCUAAAAAUAAUUCUCUAGACUUAUAUAAAAACACAUAAUUUACAUAUAUAACUGAUUUGUGAUAUUAUUAUGUAUUGAAGGAAAUGUUUUAUGGGGAAUAAAUUUUGUCAUAUAGUAACAAUUAUAUGCUAAAAAAAAGAAAAAUUAAUCAUUUCUCAUUUUACUGUCAUUGUAUAAUAUAACCCAUGUUGCAUAGAAAAUGUGGUCGUGGUGAAUCAAAAACCGAAAGUAGCAUUUGUUAACAUAUGACACUCGACGUAUUAAGAGUGUGAUUUAUUUCUGCUGUACUGCUGAUAUGUCAAUUUAUUUUGCAAAAUAAAUUUAAGAAAGAGAAAAA